GCGAAGGACCGCGACGAGGAGCCGGAGCAGACCGACCAGGCAGAGGCCAAGGGGGACGAGAAGGCGGAGGUCGAGGGUGACGACAAGCCCGACCGGGCCGAGAAGGACAAGCAGGGCCCCAGAAAGAAAGCCGCCAAGAAGGCGACAGCGGCCGAGGACAAGGAGGCCAAGAAGGCAGAGGCCGAGGGUGACGAGAAGGCCAAGCAGGCCGAGAACGACCAGCAG